UUGAUAUUUCAAUGUCUGAACUACAUUUAAAUAUUGUAAUUGGCUAAAAUGAAUUUGUUAAUAUCAGCCUAAUGGAUACUGGUGAAAAUCCAGUUUUGUGCAUCCCUAUAGUGUAUCCCUACUGCUGAUCUGGUCCUGAAAAAUAAAAUUAGCACUGUACUGGUCUGUAUAAUUCGCCUCAAGUCAUGAAUUUGGACAGAAAGUAAUCAUUAAAUGAAGAGUCAAUUAAUUCCCCAAUUUCAUAUGCAUCAUCAAGUAGUAUCACGGAAGACAUUUUAUCACAAUCCAUUUUAUUAUAAACUUUUUGUAUACUCCUGCCAGAGAUAAAAUAAACUUCUUUGAAGUUCAGCUGUUACAACUGGACAUAGUACAUAGAUUUUUUUGUGGCUUUCAAGUUAUUCUUUUGUGUUUAGAUGAAUUAUCAGUUCUAAAUAUUAAAAAGACCUUCACAUUAUUACUACAUAAACUAAGCGUCUUUUCUGUCCAUGUUGUCAAUUCAGUUGGCAGUUAUUAAGCAUAUGGUGCUAUCUCCUCUUGUGAUCUAAUCAGAGUUUACACCGUGGAAGUAAAGAUCUGAGGAUCUCUUCAUAGUUGCGUUUAGUUAAAGUUUGGUUGCUGUUGUAGUCACAAUCUCAUAUGAAGUUCUUGCCCGGAUUAAAGGUUAAAGACACGGGCAUUCGUAUUUAUGUUGAAUUUUCUGAAAUUGUUUACAAGUAACAGAUGUUGGACUGCAUGACUACCCAUGCUUGAUGUACAGCUCAACAUGACGUAGUGCUUACGUGACCUGGUUUCCCUCCCGGGAAAAUCGUGAGGUAAAAAUGGCGGAUGCUUGUGUUGUCCGGUGGCUAACAACCGUUAGUAAGAAUUCAUAAAUGUAGACAGUUGAGUUCUAGCUUUACGUCAGGUGCUGGUGAACACAAAGUGGCAGAGGGUUUGACGUCUCCAUUAAAUAAGCAGAAGUUCAUUUUUUUUCCCCUCAAAGGUGUGAAGUCAGCUGUUGGCUCACAGACAGCCACAGCCACACUCAAGACUUUCUGAACUAUCUUCAACGAUGUCCGACCAACUCGUGAGAGAAUUCCGGGCUCUCCUGAGCACAACCAUGGACACGGUCCUGAGGAGGGCUAUGUUUGAAAUAAUGAAGCUCUUCGAGAGCAGCUUACAUGACCAUCAGUUGGAACUGGCACAUAAAGGAGAAGAGAUCGUCCAACUGAAAAUAAAGUUGCAGAGAGCAGAAGUCAGGCUGAGGGAUUCAGUGGGCACCAGUGAUGAAAGAGGGGAGAUGAGUGUUAUUCAGACAAAUGAAACACAAAGAGAGACUGGAGAUGAUCCUAAUGCUCCAGCACAGCCCUCUGCUGCUCCUGAGAUUGAUUAUGAAGUUCCUGGUGACUGGUGUGCUCCUUUGGGCUGUGAGACUUUGGCGAAGCCGGAUGAAGGGGAAUGUCCCAGCGUGAGACUCCGGCAGCUGUCCAUUCCUCUUUGGCACAUUCCUAUUAAGCAAGAGGAUGCUCACCAGCUUAUUGAAUCCCACCGUCGAACAAAGGGUGUAAGAAGAUCCAAGAGAGGUUCCUCAUCAAACGUCAAAGGCGAUCAAACCUUGGACAAGACUUUGGUAAAACGUGACAGAAAAGGUCCACCCCCCAAAGUAAGAGGCGACAUCAACAGACUGCUGCAUGAAAAUGCUAAAACAGAUGCUUUAGGUCCCAGAAGAAGAGGACAAGAUUCAACAGGAACAAAACAAGAAACUACACUGAUGGGAAGAGAGGAUGGAAAAACUGCAGCAACUAAGUCCAAGCCUGAAGAAAAGGAGUCUGCCAAGAAGGAAAGUAAAGAUAUGUACACCUGCAGGUUUUGUAAGAAGGCAUUUGAUUCACCGUUUGGCCGAAAUGUACACAUGCGAUUUCACAAGUGGUGCAGGGGUUGCAAAAAAGUGUUCCCUUUCCCCAGUGCACUCAAUAGUCAUAAACCACAGUGUGGGAAACUCAGGAGAAUAAUGGCAAAAGAAGCACUGACUUCUAUCACUGAAAAACGCCAGUCCCGCAACGAAGAAACCAAAACUAUCAAGAAACCGUUGAUCAUUAAGAAAGAGAGCACACCUUCAUCUUCAAACCACACUGCGUCAUCUAAUGAGACAGACAAGCAGUACUCCUGUUUGCAGUGCGAUGCAAAGUUUAAGUGGCCUUUCAAGCUUGAAGAGCACAUGCGUAUUCAUACUGGUGAAAAGCCAUUUUCAUGCAGCAUUUGCUCAAGGAAAUUUCGAGUCAACCAGUUUCUUAAACUCCACAUGUUGAGAAAACACAAAAUCCAAGAGGAUUCUGGGGGCGCAAAUGGAGAUCUGUCAUGGACUGAACCCUUAGAAGACACUGAGGAAUUAAAUUCUCAGGACAAAGAAACAAAUGCACCAACCAACCACAUUAAUGUUAAGACUGAACCUGUGGUGUACAUAGGGCCAAGUCUUGCUUGGAAAGAAUGUGGUGUACGAAUCAGUGGGGGUUUUUCCUGCAAAUUGUGUUCAAAGGUUAAAAAAACCAAGUACCAGUUGGUGGAACAUUUUCGCGUCCAUACAGGAGAGAAGCCCUUCAAGUGUACCAAGUGUCAUGCUUGUUUUCGAUUUCGUGGGCAGCUGUCAAUACACACUAAACAAUGUAAUCAGUCUAAGAUCCACUGUGAGAAAUGUGGGAAAAAAUUCUUAGAACAAAAAAAGUAUGACCAGCAUAUGUGUACACAUCAAAAGGAGCGCCCUCACCGCUGCAAAGUUUGUGGAAAAGGUUUCAUCACUAAAGGUUACCUCAGGAGCCACAUGGUGCGUUGCCAUUAGUGAACUAGUUUUGUAGUUUGAAAUGUCAUUUAAAAUGCUUCUAAAAUGACUACACUGUAAUCUGCAGCAGUCUGUCACAUUUACAAAAUGGCUAACAGACUGAACUAUAGAAUAUCUGCUCAUUAAAAUCUGCACUUUGAGGUAGAUGGUCAAAUCCUGGUUUUUGUUUACUUCUCAAAGUUAUCCCCAAGAUCAUCUUCUUUUAGUUUUGAACACAGUUUGGGACACUUUGUGUUAAGUCUUGGUUCAAGACCUAAAAUUUUUCCAACACUGGGCAAAUCAAGUUUGCAGCUCUAAGCAGAAUUUGACAAGAGAUUUAACAGUGUCUGAUGAUAUGCGUGGAUGUAGAGUCAGACUUUAGAAAUGGCUUUUCAGUAUUGACUUUGACAAUUUGUAAAUAGUUGUCAUCGCUUCUGUGUUAAAAAUGGAAACCCCUGCAUUUUUUUGUUGUUUUCAGAGCUAAUGCUUUGAGUUUUGAAUAAGCCAGAACAAUACGGAACAGAUUUUAGUUCCAUCCGAUAAAAAUAUUUUCAGUUUGUUUUUUGAUCCAUAUACACUCAGUUGAACCGAUGGUUUUACUAACAGGCUUACUUUCUAGUUGCAGUGGCGUUACUCUAUGAACGUUGUUACCAUUACAAUAAAUGCACUGAUUUACUUUGACUUUUCUUCUCAUUUGCAGCCGUGUUUUUGUAUUUGUAAA